GUUGCAUAGGCCGCAAUCCAGCAGCAAACACCAGACCUGACCAAAGACAUGGAAGACCGGGUUCUCGCAAAGCCUGCAGACCUCUGUUGUCUCAAGGGCGCCAUCCACACCGGCGAGCCGGUCGGCAAGAUCGAGCAGAUCGGCGGCGUCGACACCUACGUCGCUCGACCUGACCCCAGCCGCGCCAAUGGCCAUGUCUUGCUCUUCUUCCCCGAUGCGUUCGGCCUGCACGUCAACAGCUUCCUCAUGAUGGACGCGUUUGCCGACUGUGGCUACACCACUCUCGGCGUCGACUAUUUCUUGGGUGACGGGAUCAGCAAAUACUCGGCAAACCCCCUGACCGAUCCCAAUUUCGACUUCGUAGGAUGGAAGACGAAACAUCUCAAAGCCUCGGAAGAGAUCGCGGCCAAAUGGGUCGCCGACGUCAAGGAGCUGUACGGCAAAUCCGACAGCGUCAAGUUUGCCUGCGUUGGAUACUGCUGGGGCGCGCGCUUUGUCUGCCAUCAGCUAUCCGACCAGGGCAUAUGCAAGGUCGGCGCCGUCGCCCACCCUUCGUUUGUUAUGGAGAGCGAUGUCGACAAGGUCAACGGCCCUCUAUUCCUCUCCAUCCCGAGCAAAGACAAGCUUUUCGAGCCAGCCGAACGGAACCGAAUGGUUGAGAUGCUGUCCGAUGCCGACAAGCAUUUCAACAUGCAGAUUUUCUCUCAUGUCGGCCACGGAUUCGCAUCCCGCACUCGUCUAACCGAUCCGUAUGAGAAAUGGGCCAAGGAGCAGAGCUUCAAGAGCUUUGUUGACUGGUUCGACUUUUGGCUGGCGAAAUCAUAAAAAAGGGCGGUUCGGUCAAAGAGAGAUGGCUUGAAUGGGUAUUAACGUUAAGCCAUGGGGCAG